AGGUUUACUCAACAGUCACAUUUCGUUCUCCACUUCUGCAGCAAGAAGAGAUACCUAUUGAACCAUCCGCAAUGGCAUUUAACUUUGGUCACCUUCUUAUCGCCGGUGUUUUGGCAUUGACCGCAGUGUCCUCCGAGACCAUCCAGCUGCAGGCCACGCAGGGUAUCCUUAUCCCAGCUCCUCUGGCUGAGAACAUUCGUGUGUCGCGCGCUGCCUACGGCGGAUAUGGAGUUGAAGCUGCAUCGGCUCCAGCUUCCUUCUCCUACUCGGCUCCAGCUGUCCAGCCCUACUCUGCUCCAGCUGUCCAGCCCUACUCUGCUCCUGCUGGUCCCUCCUACUCAGCUCCAGCCGCACCCACCUACUCAGCCCCGUCAUCCAUUCCAUCGCCGCCGUGCCCAAAGAACUAUUUAUUCAGCUGCCAGCCGUCUCUGCAGCCCGUGUCCUGCAAUGCUCCAUCCCCCAGCUACGGAUCCGCCGGGGCCUACUCGCAAUAUGUGCCCCACUACGCUGUUCCCUUCGUCCGAGAACUGUAAUAAGCGAACCGAAUCUGACUGGACACUGUAAUCCACAUAUGAAUAAAGUUAAGCGUUAAAAUAUA